ACGAUUCAUUUGGAAGACGUUAACCCGAAAGUCGGUCCACAAUCCGGAGGCACACGACUGUAUCUCUCGGGAACCAAUCUGAACAUCGGCUCCAACACCGAGAUCUAUUUGGAUGAACUGCCCUGUCGUGUGGAACGAUCGUUGGCGAGUAGCAAACAGCUCAGCUGCCGGACAACGCCGGCGCCGCACCCGUCGUUGACUGUGCGCCGACUGGUGCUCUGCAUCGACGGAUCCAAUCACACGCUUUACAACCCGUUUCGAUACACGAAAGACCCGACAAUUGGGCGAAUAUAUCCGUUGGAGAGUUUCUUCAGCGGCGGUCGACCGUUGAUUGUGUCCGGAAGUAACUUCACGUCAAUUCAAUUGCCGCGAAUCGCCGUCUUUGACGAGCAGUCGCUGGUCAACGAAACCUCGUGUCAAGUAAUAAACUCGACGACAAUGUCGUGUCCGUCGCCGCGUGUGGUGGAGGACGGGGUGGAGAGUCCGCCGCGAGCACAGGUCGCCCGCGACGUGAGCGCUACCGGCGCUGGCCUUAGGCUAAAGAUUGGUUUCGUUAUGGACGACGUCCAGUCUGUUAGGGAUUUGGACGAGUUUUACCCUUCAAUGGCCUCCAAUCUGGUCUACGUGUCGGACCCGAAACUGUUCCCCUUCGACGACAAUAACGUUAAACUAUACAAAGGCGAGAGUCUUGUCAUCGAAGGCGAGAAUCUGCGACUGGCGUCCAGCGAACACGAGGUGAACGUAACGAUCGGCACCCGGACCUGCAAUAUCACAUCACUCAGUAUGACUCAAUUGGUGUGUUUCCCGCCCGAUGUGCAGCCGGUGGGCACCGACGAGUUCGGCCGACCGACCGAUAAUGACUUGCCAUCGGUUGUGGUCCGUAUGGGAAACCUGCGCUACGAUAUCGGUUACCUGCGGUACGAGGUGUCGGCCGCGUACGAGUUGCCACCGCUAGUGAUCGGCAGUUUCGUGGCCGCCGGCGCCGUACUCAUGGUGUUGUCGCUCAUAGUGUUGGCCAUAUUCAAGCACAAGAGCUCUCAGGCGGAGCGCGAGUACAAACGGAUCCAAUUACAGAUGGAUACUCUCGAGAACAGUGUCCGAUCCGAGUGUAAACAGGCUUUUGCCGAAUUGCAAACGGAUAUGACUGACCUGAACAACGACUUGCAGACCACCGGCAUUCCCACUCUCGACCACAGGGCCUAUAUUAUCAAAGUCUUCUUUCCGGGAUUACCCGAUAACGGGAGUCCUAUUUCGCUUGACUAUAAGCACUCAAACGGUCAUCCAUUCAAUAGCGAGGAAUCGAUGGCACACUUCGAGCAACUCAUAUAUAACCGCAAUUUCCUAUUGGUGUUCAUCGAAACACUUGAACACCAAAAAUCAUUUACCAUUCGUGAUAAAGUUAAUGUGGCGUCACUUUUGAUGAUCAUUUUGAUGGAGAAAAUGGAUUACGCCUUCGACAUACUUCGAGAGCUAUUAAUUAAGCUGAUCCAGAAGUACGUGGCCUCAAAGCACCCGCAACUGCUGCUGCGGCGGACGGAGUCAGUGGUGGAGAAGCUGUUGACCAAUUGGAUGUCGCUUUGCAUGUAUAAGUACAUCAACGAAGUGGCCGGCAGUUCCCUAUUCUUGCUGUUCAAUGCCAUCAAACACCAGAUAGAGAAGGGACCCAUCGAUUACGUCACUCACGACUCGCGGUACUCGUUGUCCGAAGAGCGGCUCCUGCGGGAAGUGGUCGACUACCAGUGCGUUGUCAUACAUGUGGUACAGGAAGGUCUGGCCGACAAAGUCCAGUGUCGAGUCCUGAACUGCGAUACAAUCAGUCAAGUGAAGAGCAAAAUCAUAGACACCAUCUACAAGAAUGUCACCUUUUCUCAACGUCCGGCUGUCAAUGAGGUGGACCUCGAGUGGCGUCAGGGCCGCGGAGGACACCUAAUACUGUCCGAUGAAGAUCUCACCACUAAAGUGAUCAACGGCUGGAAACGGCUCAAUACGCUCACGCAUUACGGCAUCAAAGACGUGGCGGUUAUGGGUCUGAUUGUGAAGGAGCGCCGAUCCAGUAAUCACUUGUACGAAACGAUUCCAUCGCACAGUCCAUCCCAUUCGCCGUCGCGAAACAUUUACAACACUUAUUCAAACAAUCACUACAACACCGGCGCCAACCACUACUCGGCCACUAAUUAUUCCAAUUAUUACAGUACUAUUAACAGUAAUAGUACGCGAGUCUGUGAUGAUAGGGUCCGGACGUGGCAUCUCGUCAAGCCUUUCGACGACAACCAAAACGCCUCAUCCAAAGACCAAUUACAUAAAGCCAUACCAGAGAUCUAUUUGACACGACUUCUCUCCACAAAGGGAACGAUUCAGAAAUAUGUGGACGACUUCCUGUCGACAAUACUGACGGUCAACGAUAAGCUGCCACUCGCUGUCAAAUGGCUUUUCGACUUAUUAGACUCGGCUGCGGCCGAAUACGGUAUCACUGAUCCCGAAGUGAUCCACGCCUGGAAAAGCAACAGUCUUCCGCUGCGAUUUUGGGUCAAUUUAGUCAAGAAUCCGGACUUUCUGUUCGACAUCGAAAAGUCAUCGUCGGUAGACUCGUGUCUAUCAGUGAUCGCACAGACAUUUAUGGACUCGUGUUCCACAUCUGAGCACCGGUUGGGAAAGGACUCGCCGUCUAAUAAAUUGCUGUUCGCCCGCGAUAUCCCUGUCUAUCGCAAAAUGGUCUCCAAAUACUAUUCAGAGAUCGCCUCUUUGCCACCCAUUCACGAGUCAGAUAUCGUCGCAAAUAUGAAUGAUAUAUCACUGUCGUAUACGGGAGAAGUGGACACAUAUAACGCGCUCCGAGAGCUGUACAUCUAUGUGUCCCGAUAUAGGGAACCGUUGUUUGAAGGCUUGUGUUGCGACGUCCAAAGUCAGAGACAGCACCUGCACCUCAAACUAGAGACCAUCGCCUUCUCGAUGGGCAGUCAGGAAACAAUGUUAGUCUAAUCAGCCGUUAAGUUAUUGUCAACACUUUGUUUUUGAUAUGAAACACAAUAGUCUUUGGAUUAAUUAAUUGUAAAAUAAUAAACAAUUUUAUGGAUUGUUUGUAAAUUAUAGACAAUUUGUACAGAAAUUUUAUGAUAUAUGAUAUAAAUUUUUAUUAUACAAUAAUGAAAAGGAAAUCUCAUUCUUGUUGUGUUAGUGUAUCGACUGAUGGCAUAAAUAUUUGUGUCAAAAGCAUUGAAAUUUCUAUGCAUUUCUUACACAUAAUUUUACUGAGACAUCAAUUUAUCUGUUAAUAAUUAUGAGAUAAGAUAUGGAUUUUUAAAUAUUAUAUAACAAUCAGAUCAGGG